CAUAGCGUCAGCACACUUAAUAUUCUAAAAACAAAACAUAUUUAUAUAUUUUCUAAUCCUUAAAAGACAAUAGGACACACAAAAUAGUGAAACAUGUGCAACACAAUUGAUAUUAAUAAACAGAAGCUCAAAUUUAAGGGUUGCUGUAAAAUGAGCAACAGCGAAAUCUCCAAGUUCUACAAUCUGGACGUACUCACCAAUGCCGAGCUGGCCUCUGUUGGAGUCGCACGCGACUCCCUGAUCGACGACUAUCGCCACCUGCACGAGCUGUCGCAGAUGAGAAAGCAGCAGCAGUGCAAGCCCAAAAUGCCGAAACUUUUCGUCUCCAAAAUAAAGAAGCCCAAAUUCAAGUCGCCCCGGAAGCCGAGCAAGGUCUUUCACUAUGAUCUCUUGAACAAGUUCUUUCGCUGUAUGCAGUCCGAGUCGGUGGGCUUCUGUCGCUUCAUGGAACAGGAUCUCAAUAUCAUAACCGACUUUCAGCGUGAUACCAAAAUUCUAUUGAUGUCGCCGCGAGAGCGAGAGUUCGCACGCUAUGAAUCGUAUUUCGACUAUCUGGAUACCCUGUAUCAAAACGGCGACCAGGAUCGCGUCAUCUCGAUUGUGGCCAAGGUGAUGAUCAACUUCCAUCGCGAUCCGAAUCCAGUUAAACUCUUGCCCGGCUUUGGGCGUGGCUAUGGUCCGCACUAUACACGCGAUCGCACGCAUCAAUCAAAAUUGUCGAAUUCGUAAAAUGAUAUUCACGAUCCAAUCAGUUAAGAGAACCCCUCCCCUGCCCUUAAAGACCCAUCCACUGAGAUCUCAUCUAAAUUUAUAACUGAAGACCAAGAGAGUAACAAAAAGAAGUUUUGAAAUAAAAAUUAUGUCCCCUUCC